AAUGCCGACGUCUUCUCUAUUUAUAUAAUUAAGAAGAAAAAACAAAAUAACAAAAAUUCAUUCGAUAAAUCAAUAAUUUAAAGCAGAGGGAUCCAAAGACGAUUGACCUUGAGAUUCCGAUCAAAUUAAACCAAUUUCAUCAAAGAGAAGAAAGAAGACAUGAGCGAAAAAGAAGAAAGUAAGAACAGGGGCGCGGCGGUUUAUCCCCCGAAUCAACAACAACCGUCUCCGUCAGCACCACCAUCAGAACAACAGGCUUAUUAUAAUUAUCAGAAUUAUUACGGUACCUUUCAAGGCGUGGCUAAUCAUCCUCAACAACCACCAGCUUAUCCUCCCUCUUCACAACAACAGUCUUACCAACCACCGCUAGGGUUCCCACAACCCUUUCCUCCGCCACAGCAACACGCCCACCAUCAUCAGCAGCAGCAGCCCUACUACCAUCAUGGCUACCAAACCACCGUUCCAGGCAUUGUGAUUGCGUCCGGAACACCUGUGUUAGUAGAGCGAAGAACCCUUCCUUGCUGUGGUUGUGGGAUUGGCUGGUUCCUUUUCUUUCUAGGUUUCUUUUUUGGGGCUGUUCCAUGGUAUAUUGGAGCUUUCAUCCUAAUGUGCGUGCGCGUGGAUUACAGAGAGAAAGCAGGACUGGUUGCCUGCACUAUAGCGGCAUUUUUGGUUUUGAUUGCCGUCAGUCUUGGUGUGCAGAGGGCCAGAUACGACUGGUAAUUGGUAUGCUUUCACGUAUAGUUUGGAUAUUGUAUAUUCACCAAGUAAUUGUGGAAAAAACGUGGAUUGGUUGCUGUAAAGUUACUUUGAAGGUGAUUAUGGUUUUUUAUUGUAAUAUUACUUUUAUUCUGGCA